AUGGCAACCGAGAUCACUCCCUCCAAGAAGGCUGCCUCUGCCUUCGAGUCUUUGAAGAUGGAAUCUCCCGUUAAAAAGCUCGACUUCUCCGGCAAGGAGAACGCGCCUUUCGAUGCCGAUGCCCAAGUCGAGACCGAGACACAAAAGCCUGCCAUGGAGCCCGUUAAAGAAGUUGCCAAGGGUGGUGUUGCACCUACAAUCAAGGCUGAGGAGGCCGAUGAGCCUCUCCUGCAGGAGAACCCUCAGAGAUUCGUCCUUUUCCCCAUCAAGUACCACGAGAUCUGGCAAAUGUACAAGAAGGCCGAGGCUUCUUUCUGGACUGCCGAGGAGAUUGACCUGUCCAAGGACCUGCACGACUGGAACAACAAGCUCACCGAGGAUGAGCAAUACUUCAUCUCCCACAUCCUGGCUUUCUUCGCUGCCUCUGACGGUAUCGUCAACGAAAACCUGGUCGAGCGUUUCAGCGGAGAGGUUCAGAUUCCCGAGGCACGAUGCUUCUACGGUUUCCAAAUCAUGAUGGAGAACAUUCACUCCGAGACAUACUCGCUGCUCAUUGACACCUACAUCAAGGAGCCCAAGCAGAGAACUUACCUCUUCAACGCUAUUGACACCAUUCCUUGCAUCCGCAGAAAGGCCGACUGGGCUCUCCGAUGGAUCACUGACGAGAAGUCCACCUUUGCUCAGCGCCUCAUUGCCUUUGCUGCCGUUGAGGGUAUCUUCUUCAGCGGCGCUUUCGCUUCCAUCUUCUGGUUGAAGAAGCGUGGUCUGAUGCCCGGUCUGACCUUCUCCAACGAGCUCAUCUCUCGUGACGAGGGUCUGCACACCGACUUUGCCUGCUUGCUGUUCUCUCACCUCAACAACCGCCCCAGCAAAGAGAUGAUCCAGGAGAUCAUUGUCGAUGCCGUCAACAUUGAGCAGGAGUUCCUGACUGAGGCUCUUCCUUGUGCUCUGCUGGGCAUGAACUCCAACCUCAUGAAACAGUACAUUGAGUUUGUUGCCGACCGUCUGCUGGUCGCUCUCGGCAACGAGAAGGUCUACCGCGCCACCAACCCCUUCGACUUCAUGGAGAACAUCUCCCUUGGUGGCAAGACCAACUUCUUUGAGAAGCGUGUCGGCGAGUACCAGAAGGCUGGUGUCAUGGCUAGCACCAAGAAGCCUGUUGUCGAGGAGGCACCCAAGGAGAACGAGAACGGCGGUGACUUCAGCUUUGAUGAUGACUUUUAA